AUGGCAAAAACCACAGCCUUGACUCAAUGGCAGCAGUUUCACGCCAAAAACCCAGACGUAGACUUCGUUUGGGUGUCCUUCACAACAUACAUUGGCACCAAUCUGGUCCGCAUAGUCCCUACGCCAGAAUUCAAGCGAUUGUUGGAGACGGAUCAAGGAAUCUCGGUUCCAAAGGUUAUACUUCAUGUUCUCCCUCACGAUAAUGUGGCAGAAGGUGGGACCCUGACGGGGUCAUUCUUCCUGAAACCUGAUCCUCGAUGCCUUUCACCCUACAUGGAUAAAAACAAGGCAAUUGUCAUGUCUUCGUGGACAGACAAAGAGAAAUUGCCCAUGGGAGAAUGCGCACGCUCUAAGUUGGACACUUUGACACGUUUGAUUGAACAGAAGUCGAACUCCUCACUUCUGGUCGGGUUCGAGCUAGAGUUCUGUCUCUUACGGCAACGAACACUGAACAACGGAAAAGUCGAGUACGAAACGGUUAAUGCGGAUCAUUCGUGGUGUAGCAUGACUCGUGACGACGAGCUUCUACUUGGUAUCCUGGAAGAAGCCGUUCUGGCUUUGCACAGCGUUGGAAUCAUGGUUCAACAAUUCCAUGCAGAAUUAGGUCCUGGUCAAUGGGAAUUUGUUCUUCCACCAGACUCCCCGCUCAGAGCUGUGGAUGCUCUGGUUCUUGCCAGACAGAUUGUUAUGAAGGUUGCAAACAAGCAUGGAUACCGAGCAACCCUUCAUCCCCGAUUAUCACCCGAACAGCCCGGCACCGGAGCUCAUGUCCAUAUCUCGCUCAAUUCUGACAAGGUGGAUUUGCCAAUCGUGGAGUCAUUCUUUGCUGGUAUCCUCGGCCAUUUUACUUCCAUUUCUGCUUUUACGCUUCCCCAAGACAUCAGCUAUGGCCGGGUUGUCGGAGGCAUUGGGAGUGGGGGUGACUAUGUGUGCUGGGGGUGGGAAAAUAGAGAGACCAUCUUGCGGCGAAUUUCCAGUGACCGUUUCGAGAUCAAGAUGAUGGACGGACUGGCCAAUCCUUAUUUGGCGCUCUGCGCACUGUUAGCAGCUGGACUGGAUGGUUUACUUCAAGGCUCGUUGCUGAGCGCCGGCCCUUGCACCAUAGAGCCGAGCAAGAUGUCUGACCAGGAACGGGCUGCGCUGGGGAUCAAGGCAAUGCCUUGUGAGCUGACCCAAAGUCUCGAGAAUUUGGAGGCGAAUGAGCGCCUCAAGCAAAUUCUGAGUGAUUCCCUGGUGUCGACGUAUCUUUCUGUGAAGAGAUCUGAGCGAAAGGUCAUGCAGGAGAUGUCCCCGGAGGAGAAUCGUGCGUGGUUCAUUUCGAAAUAUUAG